AUGGACCAGAGACUCUGGGGUGAAGUGGGGCCUCUGGGGCCCACAGGGCAGGAGGGUCCAUGGGGGACCUUGGGGCAAAAUGGGGAGAAGGGACCAAAAGGAGAGAAGGGCCACAUCGGACUUAUGAGUCAGUCAGGAUUCAUGGGAGAAAUAGGACCUGCAGGCUUGUCAGGGCUACAGGGUAUUAUGGGCCCUAGGGGGCCUCCAGGGCCUGAUGGACCUCAGGGAGAGAAGGGGGAGUCUGGGCCUAGCAGAGCCAUCGGACCUCAAGGCAAAACAGGACCUCCGGGGGUGGCUGGACUUCAAGGAGUCAGAGGUGACACAGGGACGCCAGGACCACAGGGUCCAGUAGGGAAGGUUGGGACUGAGGGAGACUUGGGCCAUAAAGGUGAGCCAGGACUAGAUGGAGAGAAAGGGGAGCCAGGGGGACCAGGCGAGCCAGGAGAACAGGGGGUUGACGGUCUGCCAGGCAUCAGAGGGCCCCCAGCACUUCUUGGUUUGGAGGGGCCACAGGGUGAGGUGGGAGCCCAGGGGCCAGAAGGUCCCCUAGGGGCAUUGGGUGUCAGGGGAAACCCAGGACCUGAGGGAAAACAGGGACUGAAAGGAGAGAAGGGAGAUGACGGCAGAGAUGGAUCACCUGGAAAGACAGGUCACAUCGGAAGGAGUGGGAAAAGAGGCAAGGCUGGAAUCAGGGGCACAAGAGGAGAGAGAGGACCAAAGGGAGAGAGGGGACAUGUGGGAUUGAUUGGUGUUCCAGGAUGGGUGGGGUCUAUAGGAAUCCCAGGCUUGGGAGGAGACAGGGGGGAUCAGGGUGAAAAAGGGAGUGAGGGAGAAAAGGGGAACAUAGGGCCGCUCGGUCUGCCAGGGCGUGAUGGCCUAAAGAGUAGUGUGGGUCCUGUUGGGGUGCCAGGACAGGUGGGCCCAAAGGGAGAUCAGGGGAAUAUUGGACCGUCUGGGCCAAGAGGAACACCUGGGAUGCCAGGACUACCUGGUUUGUUUGGCGAGAAGGGUUUGAAAGGCUUUGAGGGAUUUCCUGGGCAACCUGGGACAAGGGGCCUGCCGGACCUUCAGUACCUGUCAGAUAAGCCCAACUACCCCCUGAUCCAGACCCUGCUGGACUCUCUGCACCAGGACCUGAGGCUGCUGGUAGACUCCCCUGAUGGCAGCAAGGAGCACCCUUCCACCACCUGCAUGGAGCUGUGGCUCUGCCACCCCGACUACGCCAGCGGGAUGUAUUAUAUUGACCCCAACCAGGGCAGCCCCAAUGAUGCUCUCCUAGUCUACUGCAACUUCUCUGGCACACCCGCACAGACCUGCCUUCACCCCCGAGACGCCCAGAUGACCAUGAAGGCCUGGCUUAAGGAAUCAGAGACAAACAGCUCAUUCCAAUGGCUCAGCAAGCAGGAACAAGGAUUUCAGUUCUAUUACCCAGGGGCCAAUGUGGUUCAGAUGCGUUUCCUGAGGUUGCAGAGUUGGAAAGCCGUGCAAAGGAUCAUCUACUCAUGCCACCCGGGACACAGGCUUGGUUACACAGACAGAGAGGUCAAGUUCCUGGCAGACACAAGGAGGCAGAGUUUCUUGGGAGCACUUAAAGACUGCAUGCCUGGAGAAGAGGUGGAUUCUCUGGAGCCGCGGGAGUCUGUGUUUGAAUUUGAGGACCUCAACCUGCUUCCUGUGAGAGAUGUGGCUGUCUUCGGGGGUGGAAACUUCACACAUGAAUUUGGCUUCACCAUCGGGCCCAUCUGUUUCAGCUAGAGAGGGAGAGAGGGGCCCUUAUUGCUCCUUUUCCACUUGCUUGGACUCUCAGAGCCAGGAUAAGAGCCUGUGUUCAGGACCCCAAUACAUCUAGAGAACAAGAGGACAAAGGGAAUCGCUCUACCAUUUUGUGAAGGCAUCACUCCUCUUUCCAUGUGAUAUAUUUGUUGGAGAACAUCGAUCAAUUCUCUUGUCAACUGGCUCCACAUAAAUUACUCUUUGAGAGGGCAUCAACUUCCACAGGCUCAAAUUCUUUCGGACAAUUGUAUUUUUGUUUACAGAGACAUUUGUUGUGUAAUGAAUAAUUUAUAUAAUGUUGUUUUGAUUUCUAUAUGUAAUGGUUAUUUAGAUUUUUUUUUCAAAAACAUUUUAGAACAGCAGUUUAUGAUGCUGUGAAGCCUUCCAUUACAGCCAACAACUUAUUCUGUAUACAGAUAUUUAAUCACUCUUUUGUUGCUGAUAAUUCUUCUGCACAGCAGGACAUGCAAACGUGUAGUGUAUUCAAUGUUAAAAAAGGCUUAUAAAGUUUGUCAUUUCCAUUUGAAAAUGUCAGAAUUUAUUUGCCGUAACAAAACAAAUGUAUCAACCCCUAAAAAAGGCCAUUAAUUACAAUCCACAUAAUAAUUCACAUUUCCUGUUAAUGCAUAAUUAUUUUCCUACUGUAGCAAACUGGCUCAAAUUAGAUCCUACAUCUGUAUGAACAGUCCUAUGCCAGAAUGGUCUGUUUUUUAUCUGAUGCAGUGGAUUCAAGCGGUCAACAAUGUGUUCUAUUUGGACACGACUACUGUUGUCUUAUGGUUCAUCACUGACCUUUCAAAAGGUGCUUACUGAGAAACCACUGCUUGUACUUGAGGAGGCCAAAAAACUUGCUGUUGAGUUGUUGAUCUUGUUUCUUUAGAUGAGAUAAGAACCAAUAGGUUCUAAAACCCUGAUAUCUUGUAAUGAACCUAUUCCCUCCCUUUUGGCAGUGAUUGGGGCAAGAAACCUUAUUUCAUUCAUGCUUGACAUGUUCUGUUACUGGCCUAUUUCUUAUUUGUAAAAAAUGAUGUACCGCAUACUGUCAGUGCUUGUUUCAGCUCAUUCUUAUGGUACAGUCUCAGGUACAGUCUUGAUAUUCAACACAGACACGGAUGUGCACACUACGUGAUGUGUAUUAUUAAAAACAUUACUCUUUUCAUGUGUUUUAAAUCUGUUUUAGGUGUUCUAAUAAAGGGGCAUUAUGUUGGGCUGCUGGCUCUCCUGCUUUAGCACUGAGCAAUCGCUUUCCGAGUCCUCUCUUUGUUCAACAAAUUAAGUGCUGAGGCUCAAAGAAAAGCAGCAUACACUGUAGCUGCUCAGCAAAGCUAGAAUUGCUGAAGAGGUGGUUUCAUUGGCCUGUGUUCACAAAACAUUUUAGUGUAGGAGUGCUGAUCAAGGAUCAGUUUAGCCUAUUAGAUCAUAAUUAUAUGGAUUUGGGGACCUGAUCCUCAAUCAGCCCCCCUACUCUGAGACUGUGAAUAUGGGCCAUUGAGAGCAGUGCAUUUAAUAUUUUCAGUCACAGAACAAUUCAGUGCUGUAGUGGUCUGUCCCUAUGCGUUUUGGCCGACCAACGAACAGGGAAUUCAGGAAGGUCUCAGGGAGCGUUCAGUCUUAGCAUGCAGUAGCUUGCAUAAAGGAAUAUGCAUUAUGUUUCGUCUUAUAAGUACUCAACCCCAAAUCAGUAUAGCCACCUUCCAUUACAAACUCCAGAAAGAACUUUCCAAGCAUUGCUGAUAUAAAUGUUUGGUAAAAGAGUAGACACAGUGUCCUUUGCAGUAGAAGGCUUAUUCUCUAAAUGUUGUCUCCGAACACACUUGGAUCACUGAUAGGUAGGGGGGAUAGGUAGGUGUAAUUAUUUCACGGUAAGGUUGUAUUCGGUGCAUGUGACAGAUAACAUUUGAUUUGAUUUCUCAGGAACAAUGUUCAGGGUUUAUUAGAAGGUCAAUGUAUUAUUAAUUUAUCCAUUUUUUUGGGUAUCCUAAACAUAUGCAAUUAUUAGCCUAACAUCAACAUUCAACAUGAUUGCCUUAGCUGGCUGAGACUGAUCAUUGGUGCAUUUUUAGUUUUAGUUUUGUAAAAAUUCUCAUCAUUUGAUUUUAUGUUAUUAUUGCCAGGAAAUUAUAUACUGGACAUGUUUAUACCUGUGUACUCAUUCAGAGAAAUGU